AUGACAGUGGAAGGCUUUGAAGAUGUGGUGAAGGACAAUUGGAGCAACCAGCCUGAUUGGAAUCAUGCUAGGAGUAAAUUUGAAAGAAAGGCUAGGAAGUGGCAUCUUAAUUAUGGAGAUUCUCCAAAAAAAGGUUAUGGAGAACUUCAAGAGAUUCUGGUGAGGGAAGAAUUAGCCUGGUUUCAAAGAUCCAGGUGUAAUUGGCUUAAGUAUGGUGACAAGAAUACUAGGUACUUUCAUUCAUCUACAGUGGCUAGGAGGAGACACAACAGAAUUAUUGCUCUUAGGAAUGAUGAGGGAGCCUGGGUAGCUGAGAAGGAUGAUCUAAUCAAUAUGGCAGUAAAGUACUUUGAGAAUAUGUUUUCUGCUAAUGAGGAGGAGUUGGAAGCUUAUCCUGUGAAAGGCUUCUUUCCUGGUCUUAGCACUAAAGAGAAAGAAUAUAUGUCCAGAGUUCCUACUGAUGAAGAGAUCCGGAGGACUAUUUUCCAAAUGGGAAAGUUUAAAGCUCCAGGGCUUGAUGGGCUUCAGGCAGUCUUUUUCCACUCUCACUGGAGUAUAAUGGGAAAUUCUAUUUGUAGCAUGAUCUCUAAGAUUUUCCUGGACCCGAAGAAAGUGGAGGAGGUUAAUAAAACUCUAGUGUGCCUUAUCCCUAAGAAGAAGAGUCCAGAGUCUAUGAAGGACUUUAGACCUAUAAGUCUUUGUAAUGUAGUUUACAAAACUAUUACAAAGAUUAUAACUGAAAGGCUUAAUGGUUUUAUGACUCGGUUGGUGGCUCCCACUCAAUGUAGUUUUAUAAAAGGGAGACAAAGUGUGGAUAAUAUCAUCAUAGCUCAAGAAGUGGUCCUUUUUAUGAGAAAGAAAAAAGGAAAUAAGGGGUGGAUGAUGAUGAAAGUGGAUUUGGAGAAGGCCUAUGAUAGGCUUAGCUGGAUUUUUAUCAAGGAGACCUUGGUAGAUAUAGGUUUCAGCAACAGUCUUAUUGAUCUUAUUUGCAACUAUGUGUCUACUAGCAAAUUGAACCUGUUGUGGAAUGGUAGCUUAACUAGGGAAUUUGAACCAAAAAGGGGUAUUAGGCAGGGAGAUCCAAUAUCUCCUUACCUAUUUGUGGUAUGUAUUGAGAGACUAGCCCAUUUAAUUCAGCUAGCUGUGGACUCUAAGGCAUGGAAGCCUGUUUUCCUGAAUAAGAGGGCUCCUCCUUUGUCCCAUUUGUUUUUUGCAGAUGACAUCAUAUUAUGUGCAGAGGCUUCGGUGGAACAGGCUUUUAUAAUCAAUCAGGUGCUGAAAAUUUUCUCUGCUGCAUCAAGGCAGAAAAUCAGUGAAAAUAAAUCAAGAGUCAUGUUUUCAAGAAAUGUGGGUGUGACUAGAGCUAAGGAGAUUGGUGAAAAGCUUGGAGUGGGGAUUACUAAUGACUUGGGCAAGUACCUGGGGGUUAAUCUGAGUCAUAAAAGGGCCUCUAGGAUCUCUCUCAUCAAUGUAAUGGAAAUGGUGUACAGCAGGUUGUCAUCUUGGAACCACUCUCCUCUCUCUUUGGCUGGUAGAAUUACAUUGGAAAAAUCUGUCUUGGAGGCCCUCCCUGCUUAUACAAUGCAAUCCACCAUCAUCCUUGUGAAUGUGUGUCCAAGGAGGAAGGAGGAAGAAGGGCUAGGAUUAAGAGAUCAAAAAACUGUGAAUAAAGUUUUCUCCAUGAAAAUUGGUUAUGGAAUGAUGGCUAACAAAGAUGCUUUAUGGGCUAGAAUCCUUCGUAGCAAAUAUAUGGUGAGCAGUGAUCUUGUGCCUGUUCUGAAGGAAAACAGGAAUGGGUCCAGCACUUGGAAGGGAAUUCACAAAAAUUGGAGCUGUGUACAGAAUGGGUUAGAGUAUGUAUUGGCAAUGGGUGCAGUGCAAGGUUUUGGUGGGACAGUUGGGUUUCAGGAAAACUGGCAAUGUUCUAAAUUUGAGCAAUUUCUUGAAGAAGAGAUCAUCAGAAUUAUUAAAGAUGUUCAUCCUCCGACUAUUGCUAAUGGUCCUGACCUGGUUAUGUGGAGCCACUCAUCAACUGAUGGAGCUUGCUGUAAGAAAAGAGGCUCAUCUAGUUGUGGGGGUGUGGUUAGAGACUAUGCUGGUCAAUGGAUUGCUGGGUUCUCAAAAAAGAUUGGGUAUGAGAAUGUGUUGUUGGCUGAGGUGAUUUUGGAGACAGAUUCCAUGGAAGCUUUGAGGAUUGCCCAGGAUGGUUGCCCUGAGUCCCAUCCUUGUCAUACCUUGAUAGUCAGAAUGAAGGAGGCUCUUGGGAGGACUUGGAAGGUGGAGUUAUCCCAUACUCUCAGAGAAGGAAAUAAAGUUGCCGAUUGUAUGGCUGGGCAUGCUUCUGCAUUGGAUUGGGAAAUUGUUUGGCAUAGUUUUCCUCCUGUUGGGUUUAGUAAGUUAUUGUUGAACCCAGCCUGUGAGUAG